AGUUAUUGCCGUUGACCUUUCAAUGUCUGGCUCUCUGAGGCAUGAAAAUGGCUAUGCUGACUGAGCAGGCUACAAAGCUCCUUGACUUCAAUCAGAAGUUGGACAUCAACUUGCUAGAUAAUGUUGUUGGUUGCAUGUACAAUGGAGCUGGAGAGCAGCAAAAGGUGGCACAAGAGAUCCUCACUACUUUGAAAGAGCAGCCUGAUGCCUGGAUGCGAGUGGAUGCCAUUCUUGAAUAUUCUCAGAACCAGCAAACCAAAUAUUAUGCCCUCCAAAUCCUGGAGAAUGUCAUCAAGACCCGCUGGAAAAUCUUGCCACUUAACCAACGUGAAGGCAUCAAGAAGUAUAUAGUGGCCCUGAUCAUAAAAACUUCAUCAGACCCACAGACACUAGAAAGGGAGAAAGUAUAUCUCAACAAAAUGAACAUGAUCCUUGUGCAGAUCUUGAAGAGAGAAUGGCCAAAGAAUUGGGAGUCUUUCAUCCCUGACAUCGUGGGUGCCAGCAAGACAAAUGAGAGUCUGUGUCAGAAUAACAUGGCCAUCUUGAAACUCCUUUCUGAAGAGGUGUUUGAUUUUUCUGGUGGUCAAAUGACCCAAACAAAAGCGAAGCACAUGAAGGACACUAUGUGUGCUGAGUUUUCGCAGAUUUUCCAGCUCUGUCAAUUCGUUCUUGAUAACUCCCAGAACAUCCCUCUAGUUGGUGCAACUCUGGAGACAUUGCUGAGAUUCCUCAACUGGAUUCCUCUUGGGUACAUUUUUGAGACGAAGCUGAUCACUACUCUCAUUUACAAGUUCCUCCCUGUCCCUAUAUUUCGGAAUGUCACCCUGCACUGCCUGACAGAGAUUGCUGGCAUCAAUGGUCCACACUAUGAUGAAAUGUAUAUUGUCCUUUUCACACAGACCAUGCAACAGCUUGAGCAGAUGCUUCCAACAUCAACAAACAUCAAAGAUGCAUAUGCUGUUGGUGAAGACUCAGAGCAGAAGUUCAUUCAAAACCUGGCCCUCUUCCUCUGCACAUUUUUGAAGGAACAUGGAAAUCUAGUGGAGACAAAGGGCUUGAACGAUACACUGAUGACAGCCCUUGUGUAUCUGGUUCUCAUAUCGGAAGUGGAGGACACUGAGAUUUUCAAAGUAUGCUUGGAGUAUUGGAAUGCAUUGGCAGCUGAUUUAUAUAGAGAGAGCCCCAUCAACAUGCCCUCUUCACCUCUUUUUCUUUCGAAGACUGCCUCUAAUAUGCCCCCUCGACGGCUCAUCUAUCAGGAUGUCCUUGUCAAGGUCCGGUACAUCAUGAUCAGUCGAAUGGCAAAACCUGAGGAAGUCCUGGUCGUGGAAAAUGAACAUGGAGAAGUGGUUCGAGAGUUCAUGAAGGAUACGGAUGCCAUCAACCUGUACAAGAACAUGAGGGAAACCCUUGUGUACUUGACUCAUCUGGACUACGCGGAAACAGAGCGCAUUAUGACUCACAAGUUGCAUAACCAAUUGAAUGGGUCUGAAUGGUCGUGGAAGAACCUCAACACCUUGUGCUGGGCGAUAGGGUCCAUUUCUGGUGCAAUGCAUGAAGAGGAUGAGAAGAGGUUCCUGGUCACUGUGAUUCGGGAUCUUUUGGGGCUUUGCGAGCAGAAAAAGGGGAAGGACAACAAAGCCAUCAUUGCAUCCAACAUCAUGUACAUAGUGGGCCAGUACCCACGCUUCCUCAGGGCACAUUGGAAAUUCCUCAAGACUGUAGUUAACAAACUCUUUGAAUUUAUGCAUGAGACCCACGAUGGGGUCCAAGACAUGGCCUGUGAUACCUUCAUAAAGAUAGCCCAGAAAUGCAAAAGGCAUUUUGUUCAAAUGCAAGUUGGGGAAAGCCAGCCUUUCAUUGACGAAAUUCUCAACACCAUCAACACGAUCAUUUGUGAUCUCCAACCACAACAGGUUCAUACAUUUUAUGAGGCAGUUGGCUACAUGAUCAGCGCUCAGACAGACCACAUUGUUCAGGAGCACCUGAUAGAGAAGUACAUGUUGCUUCCCAAUCAAGUAUGGGAUGAUAUCAUCAAUCAAGCAGCAAAGAAUGUGGAUGUACUGAAAGAUCCAGAUGCAGUGAAGCAACUGGCAAACAUCCUUAAGACCAAUGUAAGAGCAGCAAAGGCAGUUGGUCACCAUUUUGUUGUGCAGAUGGGAAGGAUAUACCUGGAUAUGCUGAAUGUCUAUAAAGUAAUGAGUGAGAACAUUAGUACAGCAGUGGCUCACAAUGGGGAGAGUGUAACAAAACAGCCAUUGAUCAAAGGAAUGCGAGUUGUGAAGAAGGAGACGCUCAACCUCAUUUCCCUUUGGGUCUCCAAGUCCACUGAUCCUCAAAUGGUGCUCGAGAAUUUCAUUCCUCCAUUAUUGGAUGCUGUGCUCCUGGACUACGCAAGAUGUCCUGUUCCAUCUGCACGAGAGCCAGAAGUCCUGAACACAAUGGCAACAAUAGUAAACACCUUGCAAAGCCACAUUACAUCUGAAGUGCCCAAGAUUUUUGAUGCUGUGUUUGCAUGCACCCUUGAUAUGAUCAACAAGGACUUUGAAGAGUUCCCUGAGCAUAGAACAAAUUUCUAUGUUCUCCUUCAGGCUGUUAUCACCCACUGUUUUCAAGCAUUCUUGAAAACCCCAGGGGCUCAGUUCAAAUUGGUCAUGGAUGCUAUCAUAUGGGCAUUCAAGCAUACCAUGCGCAAUGUAGCUGAAACUGGCCUCCAGAUUCUGCUGACGCUGCUGCAGAAUAUCAGUGCCCAUGACACAGCACAGAGUUUCUACCAAACCUACUUCACAGAAAUCCUUCAGCAUCUCUUUUCUGUAGUAACAGACACAUCUCAUACUGCCAAUUUGACUAUGCACGCAUCAAUCCUGGCUUACAUGUUCAGCUUGAUAGAAAGUGGUAAAAUCAUUGUGUCCCUCAACCCUGACUCCCCCAACAAUCCAGGAGGAAAUGUCGCAUUCAUUCAGAAUCAUGUUGCCAGCCUCCUGAAAGUGGCUUUCCCCCAUCUCACUGAUAACCAGAUCAAGAUCACUGUGGCUGGACUAUUUAAUCUAAAUCAGGAUAUUCCUGGUUUCAAAGAGCAUCUUCGAGAUUUCCUGGUUCAAAUCAAGGAGAUGACAGGGGAGGAUGAUUCAGAUCUUUUCCUGGAAGAGAGGGAACAAGCCUUGCAAUUGGCACAAGAAGAGAAGCGGCGCCUUCAACUCUCUGUGCCUGGCAUUAUCAAUCCUCAUGAAAUCCCAGAGGAAAUGCAGGACUAAAGAAUUCUCGGCAUCUGCCCUUAACUCAUUUUCAUCUCCCUUCAUGUCUUCAUCUCUGUCUGUUACAUUGCAGAGAGUAAUGUUUAUCUGCUUUUUGUAGUAGCUGAUUCAAUUUUUGAUUCCUGUAGCCUCCAGUGAGGAGCAGGCAUGUGGGCAGUGACUUGACUCGACCCAGGGGAGGUCACUGAAUCCAAUAAUCCCUGCCUGCUCACUCCUCAUGUUGUAUCAUAGAAAAAAAGAGAACCUGUCUAUGUCUGUCAUGGAACGAAAGGAUGAAACCGCUGCUCGAGAACAUGCCAUAGGAUAUGGCAGCAGCAAGAAGUCGGUCAAUCGUUUGUCUAUUUGACUUGCAUCCCCCUGGGCCUUGCCACGUUCCCGAGUGUAUAGUGAGACCGUCUGUUAACCUUGUCAAUGCAUAGUCUUAGUCUGGAGGCUGCAGAAGUUCUCCCUUUUUAGCUUUCAGUGAUUUUCUUAUUGAUGGGGCUGGGUGGAUUUCAAAGAUGGCAGUGAAUGCAAUCACUUGCAUCCAUCUCUCAUCGACAUUCAUCAAUGGAAAAAGUUCUGAAGGAAGAACAUUUGUGUGAAUGUGUUGGAAGCCUUGUGCAUCAGUGAGUCCACAUGCUGGGUCUUCUGUGGUUUGUAUGUUUGGACUGUAAUGAAAUGUCUCUUGUGUAGGUGAGUCACUUGGAAUGAAGUUAAAAUAUUCAAAAAAGGAAAA